UUUUAAAAUUAUUACCAAACCGUUCCCACAAUUACACCAUAAUCAUUAUCUAAUCCCAUAAGAAAGAGUCUGUUUAAGCCAUGGCUUUUGUCAACGCCGGAACACUGAAUCUAUAAUUGCAUUACAUUCAGCUCCUUCCACCCCCUAUAGAAACAUAAUAUAUCAAACCAUCUUGGUGCGAACAUUUAGGAGCAUGAACGGUCGGCCAGAGCAUCUCUGUCCUACCGCAAAAGUUAUGCCAAAAAAAAGUUUCGAGUCCUCGACGAAGAAUACAGCUCUUUAAAUCAUUUUCCCACGUUACUUGGAACCGUUGAGUGAGCGCGUUUAAUAUUGGACUUUUCUCUUUCUGUUUGAGUAAGGUACGAAGAGCCAUUGUUCAACAGCUGAGUUGUUUUAAAUAUCAUAUGUACUAAUAAAUAUGCUUAAUUCCUAGCCUAUGGCUUCAAAAAGCGCUCCCAUGCAUGGUGUUAGAAUAAACCCGGUUCGUCAGGACACCUGAAGAAAAAAAAAGCCUCCCUCAGGACUAGUUUGCGUUUGUAUGCAUGCGAUUGGCAACAUAACUGGCUUAUUUACAUUAAAUACGCCACAAGGUUACAGUGAGAUGAACGUCAUUUUUAUCACUGAUUACUUCUCUUAAGCACUAGAGCUGUGACUGAUGCUCAGGACGCGCAGACUACACCGAUUUACCCUGGAGUUUUUGUUGUGAAGAAAAAUACUUGAAAUAGUUCACUGAAAAGGCGCUUGUCUCCCCCCCCUCUGCAAACCUGUCUGUGUUCUUCCUGAGCUACGUCGGUGAGGUGGCAGUACUGCAGUGAUCUACGGAUGUCAAUUAGAAGACCCAAAGAAAACACAUUAGGGACCAUACCCGUUUAAAUGGCUUCCGUUUGGCUCGCGGUGUGCGUCAGCAUCAAGCGCAGUGCAGGUUGUCAGGACAGAGACACAUCCUUCUAGGUCGGUCAUCAUUGCUGUGUGCUGUAGUGACUCAGUGGCAGUGAUCUGCCUGGGUCUCCUCGAACCUGACAGACAGGCUCCAGACCAGUAUGCAGUUAGUGUGUUAAGGAUGGAGGACUCUAGUUUGUGCCUUGGUGUGUCUUCAGCAGUAUCGGACGCUGACAGAGACCAUCUGAGCAACGCUGUGCUAAAUGGCCGAUAUCCCAUCAGUCAGAAGCUCCACCAGCUGACGGCCCAGCUGGGCCACGCCUUUCCCGACCUACAGAGCCGACAGCAGAUCCCUGAGGAGAAAGCUGCCACCCCAUUGGAUGAGAAGAGCCACGCUGCCCUGGCCAGUCAACCAAUCAGCAGUCAGAUGGCACUGCUCGCCAACCAGCUCAACCGGGACAUAGAUGCAAGUGCCCUGGCCAACCUGAAUGGGCGUGUGGACCUGCAGCAGUUUCUCAAUGGGCAGAACCUGGGCAUCAUGUCCCAGAUGAACGACAUUGAAGACGAUGCCCGCAAGAACAGGAAGUACCCGUGUCCGUUGUGCGGCAAACGAUUCCGCUUUAACAGCAUCUUGUCGCUGCACAUGCGCACACAUACAGGUGAGAAGCCUUUCAAGUGUCCCUACUGCGACCAUCGAGCAGCACAGAAGGGCAACCUCAAAAUACACCUACGCACCCACAAGCUGGGAAACCUUGGUAAGGGACGCGGCCGCGUCCGUGAGGAGAACCGUCUUCUACAUGAGCUGGAGGAGAGGGCCAUCCUGAGGGACAAGCAGAUCAGGAGCAGCAGCCUCCUUCAGCCAGCCCAGCCCCUGCAGCACCAGCCACACCUUGGCCCUCAGACCCAGCAGCAGCAGCAACAGCCUGGCUCUGCCUGUGGCCUCCUCACCCCCACCAGCCUGGGAACUCCAGACUCCCUCUCCCAGCCCUCGUCCUCCCCCAAGCCGGCCGGCGCCCAAGAUGACCAGGCCCUGAACCCACCGACUGGAUUCCGCUGCACCUUCUGCAAGGGCAAGUUCAAGAAGCGUGAGGAGCUGGAUCGUCACAUCCGCAUCCUGCACAAGCCCUACAAGUGCACCUUGUGUGAGUUUGCUGCCUCGCAGGAGGAGGACCUGAUCAGCCAUGUGGAAAAAGCCCAUAUCACGGCCGAGUCAGCUGCGGGACAGGGUGCAGCUGGCGGCGCUGAGAAGCCUGCCAAUGAGUUCCGAUGUGAGGUGUGUGGCCAGGUCUUCAGCCAAGCCUGGUUCCUCAAGGGCCACAUGCGCAAGCACAAGGACUCAUUUGAACACGUCUGCCAGAUCUGUGGUCGUCGCUUCAAGGAGCCCUGGUUUCUCAAGAACCACAUGAAGGUCCAUCUCAAUAAGCUGGCCAUCAAGAGCAAGCCCCCAGCAGAGGACAUAAACGCUGUCAACACCAUGAACAGCAUGGCCCAGGAGGCCCACGCUAACCUCUACUCACGCUACAUCUCCUGCCUGCAGGGCGGCUUCCUAUCCCCAGACAAACAGGGUUUGAGCGAGCAACACCAGAUGCUGGCCAAAGCCGGCAUUGCCAUGAAGGAGAAGGAGAUGCUUGGGAAGCUACUGGGCCCAAUGGCAGGGAUGGGCCAUGGCCUUGGCGAGGGGGAGAAGCGCUCUCUCCUGGGCUGCCUGAACCUGGUUCCCCCCCUGAAGUCUAGCUGCAUGGAACGCCUCCAGGCGGCUGCCAAAGUUGCAGAGAUGGACCCACUGAAUAGCUAUCAGGCCUGGCAGAUCAUGGCACGAGGCAUGGCCAUGGACCGUGCCUUUAUGCCCAAGGAGCAGCACCAUGAGCAACACUAUGAGCAGCACCAUGAGGAGAUGACCAAUGCUGCCGGCAUGGCCUUCACUAAAGAGAAGCAUGACUACCCUAUGAUGGGCUCCAACGAUGGCUCCAAGCAGAAGCAGCACAGCGAAGCUCUGCAUGGCUCGAAGGCCGGCAGUGGAGCCAUGAUGCCCCUGAAAGACGAUGGAGUGGGCUUCGACAGCCACCGUGACUUCAUGCCCCAUCAUGGCGGCCAUGGCCUGGGCCUGGUCCACGGCCUGGAGUACAACCACCUGACUAGCCUGAAAGAGAAACCCACAGAGUGUCCUGACUGUGGCCGCGUCUUCAGGACCUAUCACCAGAUGGUGGUCCACUCUCGGGUGCACAACAAGGAGCGGCGGCCCAUAGAAGAAGCCAUCCAGCAGCAGAACAACACCACAGGACUGGAUGAGCGGCGUGGCUCGGCCAGCGACCCAGAGUCCCAGUCCAUCAGCAGGUCCACCACCCCUGGAUCCUCCAACGUGACGGAGGAAAGCGGAGCUGGAGGAGGCCACUCCCAGACCGGCAGCGUCCAAGACGACAGCCCACACCCUUCCUCCCCAUCCUCAGAUGUCGGGGAUGACCUGGGGAAGACGGCGGGGAGUGUUCAGCAGGCCCCAUCCCAGCACAGGGACAGGAGCUUGGGCUCGGCCAUCAAGGACUGCCCCUACUGUGGGAAGACCUUCCGCACCUCCCACCACCUCAAGGUCCACCUGAGGAUACACACAGGUCAGUGGAGAGAGAAACCCUACAGGUGCCCUCACUGCGACUACGCAGGCACCCAGUCUGCCUCACUGAAGUACCACCUGGAGCGCCACCACCGUGAGCGGCAGAAUGGCGGCGGCCCCUCCUCCGGACACGCCCCUCCCUCUGAGCACAAGGAGGAGCACGGUAAGGUUGGCGUCUUCGCACGUCCUGAUGUCCUCCGCGGUGUCUUCAAGGGCAUGCCCUCCAGCCUGGACUUCAGAGGGGGACCGUUGCACCCCCACCAGUGGGCCCCUCCCGGUAUGUUGUCCCCCAGGGAGCGUGAGAGGGACAGAGAGCGAGAGCGUAAUGGCCUGGGAACUGACACUCCCUCUGAAAGCAUGAAGAGCCCAGAGGGCCCCUCCGCCGCAGACGUCCCAGCCAGCUUCAGAGACCUGGGCCGGGCGUACCAGAGCAUGGUGGGAAACGGUGUCAACUUCCAGGGCUCCCUGCAGGCCUUCAUGGACAGCUUCGUCCUCAGCUCCCUGAAGAAGGAGAAGGAGAUGAGAGAGAGCCACCUGCAGUCCCAGCAUUACUUUGAGAGUGGUGAGCCCAAAGCCAAGAGGGCUGAUACUGGUGAGGAGAAGGCUGAGGCCAAGCCCUCAACGGGCAAACCUGGGUCCCAGUACGAGCCUCUGGACCUGUCUGUCAAUGUCAAGCCUGAAACAGGCUCUCUGCCUGGCUCCUCUGUCACCUUCCAGGACAACGUGGCGUGGCAUGGCUGCCUCUUCUGCUCCUUCACCACCUCCUCUGUGGAGCUGAUGGCCCUCCACCUGCAGGCCAACCACCUGGGCAAGGCCAAGCAACGCAAGGAGGGCAAGGAGCACCAGGGAGAGCCCUCCCACUUCCUCAAGGCCAGCAUGGGCCCAGCCCACCUCCAUGACAAAGACAAUGACAGAGAGGGGGUGAAGAGCCAGUCAGCCUGGUCCAACCACAUGGAGCCCCAUGCCAGCAUGGGAGCCUUCCAGAGCGACUUCUACAAGCAGUAUGGAGGCAUGUACGAUGGCUCCCCAAGGACCCCAGGCCUCCAGGGGUUUGGAGCGACAUGCCCUGACCCAGCCCUGGAGCAGCAGAGCCAGGCCAGAGAAACAGCUGGGGAUGAGCUCUCAGACAAGGCCUCCUGCGGGGAGCUGGAGGAGCAGGGACAGUCUGAGGAUGAGGAAGGCAGGGCCGGCGAGCGCUGCCACAGCACCGAGUCCUCCUCCGCCCAACCGGAGAGACAGCGACCCCACUCUGAUGACGAGGAGGAAGAGGAGGAGGAAGAGGACGGGGUGGAGGGGGAAGAUGAGGACAAAGCCACCUAUCAGAUGCCGAAGCAAAUGCAGGCCGUGUCCCCGGCUAGAGAGGCCCAACGACCAGGGGUCUCCAUGGGCCCUGGAGCCCCUUUCCCUCCCCAGUCCCGGCCUCAGCCGCCCCUGGAGAAGCAGUGGCAGCAGGGCUUGGGUCUCCUUUCAUCUCCUGGUGGUCCCCCGGGGCUGCUGAAGCCAGAACAUGCCCAUCUCGAGCAGCAGAUGAACAUGCUGUCCGUCCUGAGGGCCUACAGCUCGGAGAACCUCGCAGCGUUCAACGGCCUUGGAAGCGGCUCAAACAGCGGCAGCGGCAUCAAGAGACCAGACGCACCCAGUCUCGGAGGUCACGGAGGUCAGGGGGGUCGGAAGCCGUUCCAGUGCAGGUACUGCUCCUACGGUGCCUCUCAGAAGGGCAACCUGAAGACCCAUGUCCUGUGUGUCCACCGCAUGCCCUUUGACAACAGCCAGUACCCUGACCGCCGCUUCAAACGCUCCCACGUCGACUCGGACGCCUCAGGGAACUCUGAUGAUGGGACCACCAGCUACCCCACGGGAACCCAGGGGGGCAUGGCCGAACCCCCUCUCGCUGGAGACCCCCUGCAUCCAUGACUGAUGUCACCUGGCAUGGGGGUGCCAACCUUCAACUCUACAACUACUGUACUCUCUAGAGCCACAUAACAAGGAUUAGUCACUUCGUUUACCCCUAAAGCACUGCCAGACAAAGGGGAGCAUCGGUGACUGUACCAUUUUACCCAGAGCUUGCAGGACAUCCUCAGUGUGUAUUAGGUUAAUAACAAUAACAUAACAUGCAUAUAAACUACACAUACACGUUCAUUCAUAUAAAACACAGAUAUGUUAAAUGUAGUUAUGUGACAAACAGUGGAGACGACUAUAUUAAAAAGAAAAAAAAGAAAAUAGAUAAAAUCCUUAAAGUGACUUUUGUCAAAAAAAAGAAUAAUGCUUUUAUCAGAAAAAUUAUCCCUUAAACGAUUUAGCGACAGUUGGGGAAGAUGGAAGAGGCCUGUUAAACACCCCUCUCAGAACAUGACACCGGCUGCUGCCAUUUGCAGAGGGCGAAUGAUGAGCAGUCAGUGGAGGCUGGGCAGGCAGCGGCAGUGGUGGGGCGGCCUUGGUGCCAGCCUGACUGGAGCUGUCAUCCCAGAGGAAAUCAAUUCACCCCCCCCCCCCCUCUCAUUUUUUCAUCUUUCUCGACCCAUCAGUCCAGCCCCCUCCACCCUCAGCCCUCUGCCCCUACUGCACUACAGGAGUAACCUAACCCUGGUCGACAUGCGAGGGGGUCAAACUCAGUUCCAUCAGCUGGCCAGAGCCACCCUCCUCCUCCUCCUCCUCCCCCUCCACUUUCUCUGUCUCUUUAAAACGACUCAAAUCCAACAUGGCCUCUGGAAGUAAAAAAAAAAAAUCAAUGAUGUAUUUAAAGAAGCCAUUAGAGUCACAGAGAUGUGUUCUGUGCAAUAUUGUCAUUUAUUUGGAUAUCACCUUACCAGACACUGAGAGGUGGAGUUAAUAGAAUGUGUUUUAUUUCAUUUAGCUUUUAUGUUAGAUAAUGGCGAAGUCUAUUUCUAAGGAGGUGGGUGGUUGUUCUUUGAAAUUGAAAGUGUAGAUAGUGAAGAUGCACGUAUUGGAAUUGGAACCUCUACAACUUGAUGUAGUCAGAGGUUGAACGUUUCGUGUAUAUGAAGACUGUGAUUCUGAAAUCUAAUGAAGGAACAUCACAGAACUUGUUUCCUCAGACACGAUGCAGGACUAUCUUCCUAUAAGCUCUUCUAAAGCAGCUUCAGAAUGAACAACAAUACAUAAAGAUAAUCAACCUGCUCCCUGUCUCUAAUUUAAAUGUAUUACUUAAAAAAUAGACAAAAGGACUUUUUCUACAAAUGUAUUUUCCAAUUCAUUUUUAGGUUUCGGACAAAGCAUUUUGUGAGUAUAAUUAUUGCAUGUUUUUUUGUGUUGAUUUUCUAUAUGCUACUUUACUGAAACAAUUAACAAACCAUAUAGUUUUGAUCCUAUAAAAUCAAGCUGCUUAAAGGGCAAAAAAAGUUUCAGUAUACUUCCUUUCGCUGAAGGCUAUUGGAUAGUGGGGGGUAAACAGAAUAUGAUGCUUUUUAUUGUGUUGGUAUGGGAGCAUGGGGGGAUUUUUUAUGCUUCUGAUAAAUAGAAAUGAUCUGGACUUUAAGAAAGUCAGUAUCUUUCCCUCACAGCCAAGGAGAGCUGAACACUUAAACCCCAGGGCCUUAUAACACCACAAGCUAUGCCUAAAGGAGUUUACAGUCCGCUCAAACACACUGCCCCUAUCAGUUGAGAGAGAGAAAUAUGAAAAUAAAGAAUGAAAGACAGAAGGAAAGAAAGCAAGAGAGAAAGAAGGAAAGAGAGUAUUGAUAUGUACAGAAUGCAGUUGUGGUUUAAAUGGGGUCAUUUUAAUUAGGACUUUUCUGCCAUUCAGCGAUCUACUUACAGUGUUUUUUUGUUCAUUUGCUUUCCUGGCAUAGUUUCGCACUGCCUUACUUCAGAUCGAGUCAAUGUAAUGCAACUGUUUGUAUGAUCUCUACCAUGGAGCCACAACAUUGAGAUCCAACUGAAACGACUGUAGUGAGCUUUAGGUUUCAAUGCACUACUGUGUUCUUGGUGACUGUGCCAGUCGCUUGCUUUUUCGUGUGUGUAGGUACGUGUGUGUGGGUGUGCCUACCUAACUAUAUUAGAGAAAAAAAGAACAACAAAAGAGUAAAAAAUAAACAAAAUAAAAAGAUUUACAUUCCAUUUCUAGCACUUUUCAGGUUUUCUAGUAUAUCUGUACGUUUCAAGCUAUGCGAUAUGGAAAUAAUGCUGUUUAUGACACUGGAAACAUCGUUGGUUGCCAUUCUCUGUGACGUGUUCGUCCAUCCCUUACCGUGCUACUGUUUACCUGUCUGUAUUACAAAACAACCCAUGUUUUCCCAGAAAAUAUUUUUUUUGCCAUGACUCAAUUAAGAAACAGAUACAAAUGUACAAUUAGAACCUGAAAAUCCCUGCACCAACAAAGAAGUUCAAUCAUUUCUAUGUAUUUCUCUCUGUACUCCGUGAUCAUGG